AUGGUUGCGUUUUGCCAGAUCUGUGAGGACAUCGAAUAUCUCAGGCACAACCAGAACUUCGACACCCUUGACCAAUUUGCAUCUGAAAAUCCACCACAGGACGACGACACGAAACCGCCCAACACUCCGAGACCGAAUACCAUCGCUCCCUCUGACACUCUGGCUCCAUUGGAUCCAUUAGAAGAGCCACUAAAACCGGGCGAAAGGGGAGCCAAUGGCGAGGUUGGUGCGGGAAAGACGCCGACUUACAUUGCUUCAAAAAAUGGAUGGAUGUUCGGAAUCCAGCAAGCCCUUGAGGCUGUUCAACAAAUAAUGACGGGAUUCUACGGAACAGAAUGCCCAGCAGAACCCCUCAUUGGUACGGCCUGUGCAAGCGUAAAGACCGCUGGCUUUAUUAUUGCCCUCGGUGCUGUGGCCGCUGCCAAAAGGAUCUACGACUAUGCUGAGUUUCGGUACAUUCAAGACGAUACAAUUAGUGAUUCCCAGGUUGCUGAGAUGUAUGAGAACACGAGAAAAACCUUCACGAAUCAAAAGAUCCUCCACCAGGGCCUUAUCGACCUGGGCACGCUGAAUUCAGAUGUCCAAGCGAGGACAAAUGGACAGUUGGCCACACUUCAAGCUGGAGUGAAUACGGCUGUGGCCAAUACUAACAGUAUUCUUAACAACAUCGAAACUCACAACAGCAACCUUAGGCAAGGUCUUGAUUAUAACUUCACUGCAGUUACAAAUGGUCUUGCCACGACACUGACGAACACUGAAUCGCUUCUAAGUGAUGUUCAGCAGUUGUUGCAAGAAGUCGGACGGACCAGCGCUCCCACCGCGGACCCCGCUGCUCGUCGAUUGCUGGAAGAAGAUCAUGCUGCAGAUAUGCCUACUCGUAUUUCGUGCGGCUUCGAUGUGCCGAAUACUUCAGAAGACAAGAAGACGUUGUUCAUCUCUGAAGGAAGGAGGAAGAAAGAGGACACUGGCGUCCACUUGAAGCUUGAGAACUCUUGCACGAAGGGUCUGAAGGUUGAUGUUUCGGUCUACAGCAACGAGUUGGAAGAGUCGACCUCCGCUCUCGUGGCAGCGUCGACAGAUAUCCAACGGGGAAUCCAAACUCCGAAGAUCCACUUGUCCCCAAAUAUCUGUCAGGGUGAUGAUUUCUCGUGUGUCUCGACAGGAUCAACGAACAAACGCAUCUAUACAAUUCAUGUGAGGGCCGCAAACGAGUUGGGAACAAUGGAUGAAGAUAUGUGCCGCGUCGUUGUGGCACCCGAAGCUGGCGACAGCAGAAACGAGUCAAGGGAGCUGCGUGGGCAACAGGCAAGCCAUCAUAUGCCAAGAGACGAGAUAGAGGACCCAACGUUGGAAGAUUUUGAAGUUGGUAGACUAUCCCUUCUUCGGAUGUCUGCGUGCUAG